AUGCCGGGCCCAAUCAGAACCGCACUGAAGGUCGAUCUCGACAAGCCGGCAAAGGAUCAACCAUAUCUGCAUAACAGAUGGCAUCCUGAUGUCCCAUUCUGCGGAACCAUCAAGAAAGGCGAGACCGUCAAGAUCGAAUGCCUUGACUGGACCGGCGGACAGAUCAAAAACACCGACGACGCCGACGACAUCAAGAACGUCGACCUAACCCAGGUGCACUACCUCUCCGGGCCUUUCGAGAUCGAGACGGCCGAACCGGGCGACGUGCUACUGGUGGAAAUCCAGGACGUGCAGCCUUUCCAGGACCACCCCUGGGGCUUCACGGGCAUCUUCCACAAGGACAACGGGGGCGGCUUCCUCGACGAGCACUAUCCCGAAGCCGCCAAGGCCAUCUGGGACUUUGAGGGCAUCUUCUGCUCGUCGCGCCACAUUCCCGGCGUGCGCUUCGCCGGCCUCAUCCACCCGGGCAUCUUGGGCUGCGCGCCGUCCCCCGAGAUCCUCGCCGAAUGGAACAAGCGGGAGGCCGAACUCAUCUCGACCACCUCGCUGCAGCGCAUCGUGGCCCAGCCGCCCGAGCCCCAGAACGUGCACGCCGGCAGCGCCGACGAGGACACAAAGGCCAAAGUCGGCAAGGAGGGCGCGCGCACCAUCCCCGGCCGCCCCGAGCACGGCGGAAACUGCGACAUCAAGAACCUGUCGCGCGGAAGUAAAGUCUAUCUGCCCGUGCAUGUCAAGGGCGCCAAGUUCUCCGUCGGAGACCUGCACUUUUCGCAGGGCGACGGCGAGAUCUCGUUCUGCGGCGCCAUCGAGAUCGCCGGCAUCAUCACCAUCAAGUUCGACGUGAUCAAGGACGGCCAGAAGAAACUCGGCAUGCAGGGAGGAAAAUCCCCCAUCUACAUCCCGGGGCCUGUGCAACCCCAAUUCUCCCCCGGCCGCAUGCUCUACUUCGAGGGCUUCUCCGUCGAUGAGCAGGGCAAGCAGCACUACAUGGACGCGACCGUCGCGUACCGACAGUCCUGCCUGCGCGUCAUCGAGUACCUCCGCCGCUACGGCUACUCGGACUACCAGAUCUACCUGAUGCUAAGCUGCAUUCCGAUCGAGGGUCACGUGGCUGGAAUCGUGGACAUUCCGAACGCGUGCACGACCAUCGGGUUGCCUAUGGAUAUAUUUGACUUUGAUAUCAGUCCCGGUGCGGAGGCUACGGCGAGGGAUCUGGGCAAAUGUGCUAUGGCGACGAAGUGA